AUGCCGGUCCUAAUCAUUGCAUUUAUGCUUCAGCAUUUUGAAAAGGUAAUUCUCAACGGCGCGUCUCAGUUUGGCAUUAUCGAGGAUCUAGAUCUCUCUAAUGCGCAGGGAUACACGCCUGGUCCCAACCCACUGCCGAUUCUUGAUUUGCAGCGAUAUUCAACUGCUACACUUAUCUUCUACUGGGGGUGA